CUCGACACAGGUCACGCCUCCAGGAAGCAGAGAGUCCAGGCCCUCUGUAUGAAGCGAGGAGUAGUACAGGGGGGCGUUUUAUUUACCAGGCCACGAGAACACUGGUUUAAAGACAAUAUUGGGUCCGGCGUGGUGCCGUGAAACAGCCUCAGUUUAGUUCCUUGAGAGCUCCGCUCAGCUGCACUUUUAGCGUCUCUUUGACGUCGUAAGAGAAGCAGGUCAGAUUAACUAUGACUAAAAAACAUGUCUGCUAAAGAAGACAAUGAAGGGAAAUCGAGCUUUCACCACACCGAUUUGUACGGCAGCAUCCCUCCAACAUGUCUGCCCAUCGUGUACCACCCUGGCUAUAACAUCACAUUCAUGGGCCUGGAAAAGCUCCACCCAUUUGACUCAGGAAAGUGGGGGAAAGUCAUCCGCUUCCUGAAAGAGGAGCAGUUCAUCACCGAUGAGAACAUUGUGGAAGCCCGUGAAGCCUCAGAGGAGGAUCUGCUGGUGGUUCACACGAAGCGUUAUCUCUGUAGUUUAAAGUGGUCUUUUGUGGUGGCAACUAUCACUGAAAUCCCACUCCUGGUGAUUUUACCUAACUGUCUGGUUCAACAGAAGGUGCUGAGACCUUUACGGACCCAAACAGGAGGAACAAUAAUGGCUGGGAAGCUGGCUGUUGAGCGAGGAUGGGCCAUAAAUAUAGGGGGAGGUUUCCACCACUGCUCCGGUGACAAGGGAGGCGGCUUCUGUGCCUAUGCUGACAUCACACUGGCCAUCAAGUUUCUCUUUGAGAGAGUGGAAGGCAUCUCCAGAGCCACCAUCAUUGACCUUGAUGCUCAUCAGGGAAAUGGACACGAGCGAGACUUUUUGGGCGACACCAGAGUGUUCAUAAUGGACAUGUAUAAUCACAACAUCUAUCCAGGGGACGAAUAUGCCAAACGAGCCAUAAAGAGGAAGGUGGAGCUAGACUGGGGCACUGAAGAUUCAGAGUACCUUCAGAAGGUGGAGCUUCACUCUGAGGGAGCGCUGAACGAGGUUCGUCCGGAUAUCAUCGUCUAUAAUGCAGGGACAGACAUCUUGGACGGGGAUCCCCUCGGAGGCCUCUCCAUAUCUCCACAGGGCAUUGUUAAAAGGGACGAGAUUGUGUUCAGGGCCGCAAAGCAACGAGGUAUUCCCAUCCUGAUGGUGACGUCAGGAGGGUACCAGAAGAAAACGGCGCGGAUUAUCGCUGACUCCAUUCUUAACUUACGUCAGCAGGGUUUGAUUGGAGCCAAAGCUACGGAGAGGGAGGGAUUGUCACAACUGGUGACCCACUUGACCCAAAGCUCCGGUUCUGCAGGAUCAGCACACACCGCUGUGUGAGGACAGGUGGCCUGUAAGCUAACACUCUUGGAAAUGCACUGAUUUAACUUUAUGGUGUGUAUUUUUUUUUCUUCAGAGAUUAAUUAUGAUAUUCUGUAUGUUCGGAAUCUAUGAAAGCUCAACAAUGAGUUUUUGCACAUACACGAUGAUGGUGUAAAAGUUUGACAAACUUGUACAUUUUGUGUGUGUCAUUUUAUGAAGGUCUAAAGGAAAAAUAGUAAAUCAAUAACAUUCAAUAGAUUUCAUAAGCAUGUGCCAUAAAAUGUGUUUGUUGUGCGUUUGGUGGCAAAUCAUUGAGAGGGAAUCCGUCAUCUCAGGAAAUCAAAAAAAACAACAAACAUAUAAUAAUGUUUGUUGGACUUAGUUAAAAACAAUAAUGUGGUGGAAGCGUCUUGUUUGUUGUUAUGAGGGUAAAAAGGUUUUUUCACACCGAGACUACAAUAGUUAAUAUAACUGUAACCAGGGAUGUUGCCAACGUCAAGGCCGAAUGUUUAGGACUUCGAUAAAUGUUUCAGGACUUUGUUUUGUUGUACACCACAAAAUGCAAUGGAAAACGGCUAAUUACGCAAGCUAAACUACCAAUUGGAAUUAAACUGCUAAUUAUCAUAAUAUACAAAUUCUUACUUUAUUUUAAAAAUGAUUGAUAAUAAAAUCUCCGGCCAAUGAA